AUGGAGCCAGUUCCUGAAACAGAGCGCAUGGAGGAGUUCCGUCCUGCCCCUACGCCAGCUCCUGUUUCCGUCUCUGCAUCGCCCUCUGCCUCUCCAGUGGUUCCAUCUCUGCGACUGCAGAGCCCCAACUACAUCUCUAACCUCAGCAUCGACCUGCCCCGAAAGCCGCCCAACCUGAGACGAAGCACCGACCCCAGUCCAACUUCGCCAGCUUCACCAUCUUGGUCGGUCUCACCCUUCAUACCGUAUCGACCACGCACGACUUCUCCGCUUUCGGGCGCUCACACCAGAUCUCGCUCAACAACAAGUCUCGCGCCCCCAAUGUCCCGCACUCAGUCCAUGCCAGGCGUCAAUGGCUCGGGGCAUAUUUUGUUUCUGCCCCAUCACCGUCCCGGAAGCCCCUCUGGAUCACCUAGUAGAGUCCGAAUCCCACGAAAGCCAGCUGAUGAGGCUUUCCCGCCCAUCUCCCCCAUUAGAACUUCGGUCCUCGAACCCGAGCAAAGACAUGGCGAAAAACGAAGCACUUCUCCCAUUAUGGGUGUUUCUACAAGCACCCCGGCCCGACUUCGACGACCAUCCUCUCCUCUGCGGAGCUUGACAUCUUCAAGUGCUGGCUCUCUAGGAGUAUUCCCCUCGACUCCGUCAUCCUCAAUUUCGUCAUCGUCUUCUUAUCGAAGCUACGACGCCCUUUCAGGAAGCUAUGGAACGUCCUAUUCUUCAGUGCCAUCCACGCCAACAUCGACUAGGUCCCGAAGCCCCAGCAUCUCCAGCUUGGAAACAAUUCCCGACACACCUGAUGCCGAGGAAGAGGCGCUGGAAGCUGAAAGAAUUGCCCAGCUCAAAGCCGAUGCAGAUGCUGCCGAGGGGAAUGACUCUUCUGACCUGAAAGGGAAAGAUGGGCAGGUGCGAGGACGUACGAUGGGCUUUGGCUCCAGGGACAAGCGAAAGCGUUGGAGUGUGUGCGGUGCUGAGCGAAGAGGGGAUCUCGAUCUUGAGACAAUCUGGGAGGAUUGA